AGCCAACUCGGCACACGCCGGCUGGCUCCAUCGCGCCAUCUCCCUACAUAUCCUCGACACUUCGCUGGUCUCCCGCGCCGGCCGCUGCCAAUGGCGCAGCCGGCCGCUGCCGCGUGAGCUGGUGCCGCCGCGGACCGCCCCCGCCCGCGAUGGCCCCCCUGCUGCUGGCGGUGCUGGCCCUGAGGCCCUGGCUGCUGGUCGGGAGGCCCUGCCGAGCGGAGACGUGCCACGCAUCGGAUGGAUACGAGAUCACGGACACCACAGCGCUGUUGCAGGCAUCCGUGGACAGCCUGCACGCGUCGGAGGCGGAGCUGAUCGAGGCCGGCGCCGAGCAGGGCAGGUCGGCCCACCGGUCCAAGACUCGUGCCAAGGUGGUUAAAUUGUUGCAGAAAGUCGGACAUCCUCCCGCUGUUACAGCGUUCUCCAACGCCAGCCACGGGCACCAUAUCUACAAGAUUGAGAAGCCGGCCAAAUACGAGCUCGUCGAGAAGCGGAGCAAUGGCACCAAUUUGGUGUUGACAGUCGUGCUUGGGUCCGUGUUCCUGGCGUGGGUAACAUGCAGUCUUGGCGACUUCAGGAGGGUUUGGUCAAUCCUGGCCAGCUUGGCUACAUGCGACGCCGCGAAGGAUAGCGCAAAGAAGGAUGCGGGGGAUGUCAGCAAGGAUGCCCUGCAGUACAACCCACCUCCCACGGAGGAAGUCACAUGCUCCCCAAGGCCCCUUUGGGCGAUCGGGGGCCUGACCAUAUACCGUUUCUACACAGGCUUCCUGAGCGCCACCUGGUUACCUUACCUGCUUGCCAUGGAGGGUGCCGAGCUGUGGAGGGACAACCAGGCACUGUUCAUGGGCAUCGCGAAGCUGAUAUACGGAGCGAGCAUACUGCUGACGCCGCUGUUCGGGCUCCUUGGGGACCAGGUGUCCAUGAAGUCUCACGCGCUCGGCCGGCGACUUUUCAUACGGCUCGGUGUCAUGGUUGCCGCCGCGGGCAUCUUCGCUUGCCACUGGGCGGCGCCACGCGGGCACUUCUGGGCCUUCGGCAUCGGCCUGCUUGUCUGGCGCGUGGGCGAGGGGCUCCUCGACGUGACGAUCGAGGCCAUCUGCCCCGAGAUGCUCCCGCCAGAGCAGUUCGAAAUCUCCAGCGCCAUCAGGGCGUCCAUGUUCCUCAUCGGUGGCUUGAUGGGCUACGUCAUGAUCGCGGUCUUCGCGCACGUCCACUACAGCUGGUUGUACCACGGCUACCUGGUCGGUCACUCCCAGGGGCGCUGACAUGAUCGCGCUUGGCGCCCCGCGGCCCAGGCUGGAGAGCUGCCUGUCUCAGAUGUGCCCUCGGGACGGCGCGGAGAUCACCGGGGGGCGCGGGACGCGAAGCUGUGUGGCCUGGGUCGCGUUCGUCGUCGUGGUCUUCGUCGUCGUGGUCGGAGCUGGCAGGUGACGCUGGGCCCGCCACAACGAUAGAUCGGGGGCGGCUGACCUACGGUAGUGCUUCACCGUGCAAAGUGCUGGCUGCGCCCAGCAAAAAGCACUACAUGGGUCAGCCUGGCCGCCCAUUGAGCACAGCCGUGGUGGUGAAAAGAGUCGGCGGCGAAGUCCGAACCCUCCCUUAGCCAAUCAACGAUUUCGGCAACUUGGUAGUGUUCGGAAUUCGUCGAACACGUGUCGAGAUCCGAACCGUACCCCCGCCUCCCAUCGAUUCAGGAGAAUCGAUGCUUGGCGGGGCCAGAUGUCGGAUGCCGCCACCUACAGAGGGCCCAUGAGGUUAUGAUGUUCGCCUGCGCGG